ACAUAGAGCUCCGCCGACUCUCAGUUUGCAUCCUCCUCUCUGCUCUCUCGCUCUGAGCUCCCUCUGUCUCUCUCCUCCUCUCUGCAUCAGCUGGGUGCUCUCUCCCGUCAACCUUGUGAGGCGAAAAAACAUCUGCAACAGCUUUUCACCUAAAGCAAUACAAACUUUUUUAUAUUCCUCCGAAGACUGCGAGACAACUGAGACCUAACUGUCACCAUGGAGGCCAUCAAGAAGAAGAUGCAAAUGCUGAAGUUGGACAAGGAGAACGCCCUCGACAGGGCAGAACAGGCCGAGUCCGACCAGAAGGCGGCGGAGGAUAAAUGCAAGCUGCUGGAGGAUGAGCUGCUCGCUAUGCAGAAGAAGCUGAAGGGAACAGAGGACGAGCUUGACAAGUACUCGGAGGCCCUGAAGGAUGCUCAGGAGAAACUGGAACUGUCGGAGAAGAAGGCAACAGAUGCGGAGAUCGAUGUGGCAUCUUUGAACCGCAGGAUCCAGCUGGUGGAGGAGGAGUUGGACCGCGCUCAGGAGCGACUGGCCACAGCCCUGCAGAAACUGGAGGAGGCUGAAAAGUCUGCGGAUGAGAGUGAGAGAGGCAUGAAGGUGAUUGAGAACAGGGCAAUGAAAGAUGAGGAGAAGAUGGAGAUCCAGGAGAUGCAGCUCAAAGAAGCGAAACACAUCGCUGAGGAGGCGGACCGCAAAUACGAGGAGGUUGCCCGUAAACUGGUCAUCCUUGAGGGUGAGCUGGAGAGAGCAGAAGAGAGGGCAGAAAUUGCAGAACUCAAGUGUGCUGACCUGGAAGAAGAGCUGAAGAACGUCACCAACAACCUCAAGUCGCUAGAGGCUCAGUCUGAUAAGUACUCUGAGAAAGAAGACAAAUACGAGGAGGAGAUUAAGGUCCUGAAUGACCGACUUAAGGAGGCUGAAACCCGUGCAGAAUUUGCAGAGAGGACAGUGACUAAGCUGGAAAAGAGCAUAGAUGACUUAGAAGACGAACUGUACACUCAGAAGCAGAAAUACAAGGCUAUCAGCGAGGAGCUGGAUCUUGCCCUCAAUGACAUGAACACCUUGUAAACCUUGCUUUAGCUCAUGAUGUUUCCACUUUCAUUUUGUCUCCCCUUGUCUGAUUCGAAGCACUUUCUCUUUUCUUUUCUUUUCUCCCUUCGCUCUCACUGCUCCUUGCUCCUUUUGCAUUAAACUAAAGCUCAAUAAAGAUAUAUAUAUAUCUCUUUUACUCUGUCUUCUAUCAUUUGAGUUCUGCAUGCUUUUCAUCACUCUGAAGCUGCAAUAGCUUUUACAUUUACUGGCCGUCAUGAAAGGUCAAAUGUUUAGGUUAACUUAUUGUGUGUUUCUUUUGGUAUUUCUGCUCUAACCAUAUAUUAAAAGAUCAUCCAUGUUACUAUACUCGUAUGAUCAUUUAAUCUGUUCACU